AUGAGAGAGUUGGUUGUUAGAGACGGUGCAGAAGAUGGCAAACUACAUCAAGAUGGCCACACAUUGAUCUUCUCAACACCAUAUUUGAUUUAUUGGUUAUAUUGCAAGUGGACGGCACCAUUAUUGUGUGUCAUGAGUGUUGUGGCUUUAAUCACAGAAAAACUUCAGAAACAGAGUCUUGAUGAAUGUUCACCUAGUUCAUCUACAACAACCACUUCAGCAGUCAAUAUACCAAUAUGUUGUGAAAGUACUGUAUCUAUACCACAGACUAUAAUAAAUACUUCCAAUAAUUUAUCUAUAAAAGGUAAAAAUGUUUGGACUUUUGAUACAAGCAGCUUUGGCAGCAACAAACAAGAUGGCAACCGGAGAGUUGGACGUGGCAACAAAGGGAACAAAUCAACCAAUCUUAAUACAGUCUGUGAUACAUCACCAACUACACCAAACGCUCCACCUCCCAAGAAACACUGCAGAUCAUUGUCUGUGCCACCAGAUCAGUCAAUGUCGCCAUGGCAACCGAUUAUAUAUAAGCCAAUUCCUGUGAUUUAUAACAAAGAUUUUAACCUUCAUUCCACUAAAUUUAGUGCUCAAGGUCCGGUGAAAGAUGCGUCUGCAUCAACAAGAUCAAAUUUUACAAAAAGUUUUUUUCAUUCUGCCUCGCCAGUAAGUGUUGACAGUGGUCAUGUGACAUCAUCAGACUUUCAAACACCACCUGGAUCUCCAAUACCUCGGCCAGCGUCUGCUAUGAGUGAAAUAUCCCAUUAUUCCUGGUUUGAACACAGUCCUGUCAAAUUUGAAAUUAACAGAUUUGAAAUUCUACAGAACCGCAGUCUUUCAUGUGAGGAUAGAAUCUCUAGUGGACCAAUUUGUUUGAGUGGUAGUCAGGGUCUAGAUUCCAUCCGUCACACCUCCCCACCUCGAAUCCAUAGAAUUCCACGAUGUAAGUCACAACCAUGUGUUCUUCAUGACAGAAAAAUAGGCAAGAAACGUCGUCAUGACUACGAUAGACCUACACUUGAUUUUACCAAGAUGACACAGACUGCUUAUUCUAGUGAAUCCAUACCAAGAAGUAAACCUUUAUCCUUUUCACCUCUUAUUCAGAGGUCACAUGGAGGGUUGGUACCAAUAGCUAGUUCCCCUCUUGACACAGACAUUCCAUUUCAAGGUCUCGAGAAUUUUCCUACCAGCCCAAUAGACGAUGUAUCAACUACAGAAGAUACCACGCAAGCACGGGCCAGGGACCAUAGCAGCUGUAAUUUUCAACGGAAUAGCGAGUACUUAUUAGAUAGCGGAUUGGAUGAGGAAUGUGACUGUCAUAGUGAUGAGAGAGAGCAAGAUCUAUUUCCAUUGAAGGAUCUAGAUAUGGAUGAAAUAGAAAAACAUUAG